CAUGGUCUCUACCUUAAUUUGGGCUACUUAUAAUUACUCACCUGGAUUACUGUAAUAAUCCCCUAAUUCAUCUUAUUUCCUCAAUUCUGCCCUUUCUCCCUACUAAAAUUCAUCCUCCAAACUACUCUAAGAGUAGUCUUUCUAGGAAAAAAAAAUCUGGUCAUGUCACUUUCAGAUUGAAUUUCUUUAAUGGUUCCACAUUGCUUUAAGCAUAGAAUUCAAAUUUCUUAGCUCUAACAUGCAAUAUAAUUCUUUCCCUUCAGUCUGAUGGUCACAUGCUUAUUUCUGGGUGAGCAUUAUUAGGCCCAGGCAAUCCAAUAUGCUGAUUGGCUAAAAUAAUUAGGAUCUACUCCUUAGGGUCAUCUUCCCUGGAAUCAUGGGCUGGAUGGGGGAAAGAUGGGGCCCAGGACAAAAUCAGGGUUUCACUAAGAAUGUGGAGGAGGAAAGAGACAGUGGGUGUCAGGCAGGUAACCAGUAAUGUCUUCAGUCUGUUCCUUCACGGAAUUCGCAGCCUAGUGGUGAAGACAGAAAAAUAAAGGCAAAGUUACAGUGCAGUGUGAUAAGGACAAUUGUAGAGUUUUGCGCAGGGUGCACAGUAAGCAUGAAGGCUCCUUUGUAAAUUAGACCAGGGCUUCAAAGAAAGUUUCCUAAAGGAGGUGAUACACAACCCAAUUUGUGAAAAAUGAGCAAGAGUUAACACAUUGAAGAAGAGGAAAGAGGCAUUGUGGCAGCAGGAACAGCAAGUGAAAAGGCCCAAGAGUCAUGCAAGAGUCACUGGGGAGCCACACAUCAUUUGGGUUGACCAGAGAGGAACUAUAUAUGUCAUAUAAGUUUUAUUCUAUAAAGUUUCCGAUAAUACUUCUGUUGUAUUCUAUAAAGCUACUGUGUAUGUACUGCUAACUAAAGGCCAAACACGGUAUGCAAUUCCACUUAAUACAGCACUCUGGGGUUAGAAUGUAAACCCCAACCGAAAGAUGAAGAAACUCAGACUAAAAGGCUAAAGAACUUAUACAGGGUCAUAUAGACCUGGCUCUAACCACUUUUAUACACAACUUUUCAACCUCAUGAAACUUGUUACCUCAAGCAAUGACAUAGGCUGAAAACAAAUAGAAUUGUAGGAAUAUACAUUUGGAUAUAUUUGAGAACCAGAUAUCUAAGAGAGAUUGAAGGAAAACCCUGUUUCUAAAGUACAACUUCUCUUUUUGACCAAGUCCUCUGAUGGACUAUUCUUUGGCAUACAUGUCAGGGAUAGAACACAACGGUCAGUUUCUGACGCAGGGUUCUUCUGUCACCUGGCUGUCACCAGUCAGCGAUCACAUUUCUUAGCUCAUGAUCUGCCCCCGUCUCUGCUGGAAUGUCUCUUUCCCCCUUCUUCAAUUUGCUGCCUUUUGUUCAUUCUUCACAGAUUCAGUUUAAGCAUCACUUCCUUUAGGAAACUUUCUCUGAACCCCUGGUCUGGUUAAGAAAGGAGGCUUUGUGUUCACAGUGUACCCUGUGUAGAACUCUACAACUGUCCUUAUCACAAUGCACUGUAACUUUGGCUUUGGUUGUUUCCCUACCCCCUCACUGCAGUCUGUAAAGUCUAAGAUAAGGACAUUGCGUUCUUCUUUUUCCUCUUUCCUAAGAAAACCUCAGUUUUGUUCAGGUCUCUGUCUCUCCUGCAUGUGGUCCACAUAGCUCAAGAAAGGCUACCUCUUUCCUCUCACGAAUGGAUCUGGUUGUUUAAGCCAGUGAUUCUCAACCAGAGGUGUAGAGAGGAGAGAGUGAACAGGGAGCGGGGCUUUUGUCUGUUGGUUGGUCUCCUUGGACUGAAGAGAGGGAGGGUGCAAGGCCAAGACUGUUAAGGAUUCUCAAAAUGGUUUAUUACCCAGAGCUUUCUGUCUGGGUCAGUCAAGAACCAUUUCCAAACAAGGAAAUGGAGGGAAGGCUUCCUAAGGGAAGACUUCCUGUCCCAAAGGAAGUGAGCCGCAAGAAGGAUGGCCAGACCGAGGCUGCCUCCCUGCAUCCACUUGGCAGCAGUGAGCUCCACUCCCCGGGAAUCAGUUACCUCCUCUCUUUUUAAUCACCUCCAUUUGUAUUACACAUGGUGUAUGGGUAUUGAUGAGGUCAUGGUAUCAUAUAUGGGAUUUUUUUCUGUGUAAAUCAUCAAGUAUAAGAAGAAACUAUGGGACUCUGAGCCUUGCUUUAGAGAAUUUACAGUGGACAAAUAGGUAUCAUCAAACCAGUUUUUAAUCAUUCUGACUCAAGUGAAAACGCUCAGAAUUUCACACUGUGAAUCCACGUUUACAACCCUUACAGGUGGGCCUUCAGGCCUGGUUUGCUACGACGAUGUCUUCCACAACUCAAACCCCCUCUGCUCUCACACAACCGGUCCACUUCUGCCUUUUCACUCACACAGCUCCCGACUGCUUCUUGCAGAGGCUGAGAGUCCCCAUUUUUUUUUUUUUUUCAUUUAGAUGUAACAAGCCUAGUAGUUUAUGUUCAUCAAUUGUCUGUAUAUCUCUAUAUUUUAUCCAUGUACUCUUUCGAUGUAUAGAAGUAGUUUGAAACUCAUUGUUUCCUUGUGGUAAGUGACCGAGAUGCUGCCACAGGACCUGAGACACUGAUGAAUGGUGCUAUUUUGGACUUUCAACAUGCUCCUUGGCAAGGUAGCUCUGAUGGAGUUAUUUUUUAUUUUCAUGUUCUAAGAAGGUGUUGGUACUCUGUUUCCCCGAAUGUUGUUCUCUAGACUGGAUUGACUUGUUCUCCUUGUGUCUUCAGUGUGGCUUUCUUCUUCAGCGUUGUAGGUUGAGUGAGUGCCACCACAGAGCGGUAGAGACCCAUGUCUCAUGGACUGGCACUCCUGGACACGCAGUCACUGUAGCGGGAGCAAUCACAAAACUGUAAUUUCCUUACCAAAUCUCUUCCUUUCCAUAGCCUCGCCUGCCUCACUUAGAGAACGAAAAGCAAUAAUUUGACAGGCAUUUUUAGGUGUCUCUUUUGGUUCUUUUCAUUUGAAAGAAUAUUUGGGGAAGAAAGGGCAAACUUUUUUUUUUUAACAAAUGCCCUCUGAAAAAAAUCUAAAAAACUGACAUCUCAGUAGGAACAUGAAAAUUAGACCUUUCCCAAAAAUUAGGUUGGAAAAAAAUGUUUUUACAAAUUUUUUUUUUUUUUUUAAAGGCAGAGCACUCUCUUUCGGCAGUUCUGAUAAGCAAGGUGUAGAUUUUACAUUUUUGUCCUUGCUCCCAAUGAAAUGGAUAAACAAAAAUACAAUCAGACAAUACCAUCCACUCAUGGAAUGUUGUUGUGUUAGCCAGUCUGAAAGCCCACCUUAAUUUUUAUAUAACUGUCUUUUAGCUCUUCCUUUGACAGGGCAGGCUUUGUUCUGAACUGUCCCGCUUCUGACUGUUACACAUCAACCGACGCAUGCACUGCACUUCUUCGUUCUCUUCUCGCUCCCCCAUUGGCCUGAGUUUCCUGUGCAUUUACCCCCCUCCCUCCUUUGUUAGAAUAGGUAUAUCCGCUGUGUAAAUAGAGCAAGAAAACAGUAUUUUGCAUCUGUGGCAUUUCCGUAGAGUUGCAGUUGUGUACUGCUGAAUAUGCAGGCUUUUGUAGCAAUGUGAUCUUUACUGAUGCACUCACAACAAGUACCCAAUGUAUUUUAGCUAUUUUAGUAGUAUUCAAUAAAUAUGCAAGCUGUAUGGUAA